AUGGCAGAAAAGCUAUCUCCUGAGCAGGAACUGAGUCGUCUGAUCCCGGUUCUGGAUGCCAUCGGGGAUUUGCCUGAAAUUGAGGGAAAGCUGAUAUCAGUCGACACCUUUUACUCGGAAGUCGCCUUGGAAGCAGCCAAACAUGGGGCUGAUAUCGUGAACGACGUCUCGGGCGGGAGAUUAGACUCCGACAUGCAUAAAGUGGUGGCGGGCCUCAAAAUUCCGUACGUCGCCAUGCACAUGCGAGGGGACCCAUCUACAAUGCAGAACAGCGAGAACCUGACCUAUAGUGAUGUGUGCGUUGACGUGGCACGCGAACUGUGCGUGCUCGCUGGGGAGGCCGAGUUAUCCGGACUGCCAGCCUGGAGGAUGAUUGUGGACCCUGGGAUCGGAUUCUCAAAAAAUAUGGAGCAGAAUUUGGAUAUAGUUAAUAGGUUGAAGGAUAUCAGGGGUGAGAUUGGGAAAAGGAGGUUGGCCAUGUCACGUGUGCCCGUGUUGUUAGGGGUUUCGAGGAAGAGGUUCUUGGGUGAGAUUUGCAGCCAGCCAAACGCGGCACAGCGGGAUGCUGCUACCGUGGCUUGUGUGGCGGCUGGGGUUUUUGGGGGUGCGAAUAUUGUGAGGGUGCACAAUGUGAGGGAUAAUAGGGAUGCUGUUAGGGUCUGCGAGGCAUUGAUGCGGAGAAGGAAAUGA